AUGAAGACGAUGAAGAAAUCGAAGGAAGGAGAAAAAGGCGACCAAGUAGAGGACUGGGUGUACAGAGUGAACGAGGUGAUAGUUGAGGACGACGAAGUGGGGGAGCAUCAGCUCUACGACGACACCUACCCAUCCGAUUUCUUAGACGACGCGCUGUCGCAAGAAGAGUGGGGUGAGGUGAUGGAUUCCGUGAACGAGAUCUGGCGACCAGCAGCGUACAGCGUGCGAAGGCUCGACCUGUGGAUGAAGCAAGGGUGGCAGAAUUCGUUGAUUUGCUACCUUCCGUGUCUUAUCCAGCAGGAGCAAGAGGUUGAAGCGACCAUGAUCGAGAAGAGGAGAGAGCUGGUGGAGUAUCUGCACCAGGUGAACGUAAGAUAUCAGUGCCGUGGUUUGCUGUUUGACCUUCGAGAGCUCGUCGACCGACCAAAGACGUUCAUUCACGUCUACAAGGGCCCAUCUCUCGUCUGCGAUGGCGACACCUGUAGCGCCCCCGUCCUGAAGAUCGGCGUUGUGGGUGCUGCCGUCCACUUCAUGAGGCGGGCUCUGCCGCUUGCGGACAUCCACGUCUUCGAGAGGGACGGCUUCGUUGGAGGCCGAGUACGAUCCAUGGAGAUUGAGGGAGUGCGCGUGGAGGUGGGCGCAUCGGUCUACCACGUUUCCAAUCGCUACUUCGACAGCUUUGUGAGCGAGUUCGGCCUCAAGCGAAAGGAGCCGCCCAAUCUGGGCCUGUGGGGCCUCUGGAACGGCAACGAGUUCGUUAUGCAGGAGAGCGAGUGGUUGCUUCUCACCCUCGCCAAGAUGCUCUACCGUUAUGGCCUGUCGCCAUUCAAGGUGGAGAACCAGGCUACUUCAGUCAAGGAGCGCUGGGUCGAAGUCUACGCAAAGCUGGAGAACUGUUCAUUCGAUACGUCUGAAGCGCUGUUGGAGUCGUUGAACGUAUCGCAUUAUGCCCAGCAGAGCCUUCUCAAGGCCCUCCAAGACGGAGGAGUGAGCGAGGAGUACAUCCACGAGCUCGUCACCGCCAUCGAGAGGGUCAACUACGGCCAGAGCCCAGCGAUGAACGCAUUUGCGGGCUUCGUCGGGCUUGUGGGUAGCGGAAAGGAGACUCUGUUCUCGGUCGAGGGCGGCAACCAUCGGGUGGUUGAAGAAUUGCUCAAGGCCGCGAAAGCCAAGAUGCACCUUAGCAGUCAGGUAGCUGGAGUUACUGCGAUGGACCAAGGUGGUAAGACCAAGUACACGAUCAAGUACAGCUGCGCCGGGCAAGAGCUGGAGGAGAUCUUUGAUGCCGUGGUGAUCGCAACGCCACUCGAGUUCACAGACCUCUCGUUCAAGCUUGGCGAGGAAGAGGUGAAGAGUGGAGAUGACACCUGGAUUCCGUCGUUCGUGCUGACGACCGAAAAUCCCAACAUUCCCUUCAACUCGGCCUCGGCCAUCAGGAAACUCAACGAGACGCACAACAUCUACAAGGUCUUCUCGCGCCAGGCCAUGUCUGAGGACACCCUCGACCGUCUCUUUGGCGGACGCCUACGGACCUUCCGACAGGAGUGGGCUGCCUACCCCGUGCUCACGCCCUACCCAUUCAGCGAGUGGUCGCGCAUCAAGCUUCACGACAAGUUGUACUACGCCAAUGCGUUCGAGAGUGCCGUGUCGUGCAUGGAAACGCAGAUCGCCUCCGCGCGCAACGUCGCCAAUCUCGUUCUGCGAGACCUGCGCUCGGCUUGA